UGUAUUCUGUAAGAGGCAAGAGCCUUGAUUUUGUUCUUAACAUAUGUGAGGCUUCGUUCAUUCAGUAGACUACCUAUUUUAACCACCAAUAAGCAUCCUAAGAUUUCAGAUGAUAAUGCCCUGAAGGAUCAACUUUUAAUCGGUUAUUGAUUACAGUUUGGGAAGCCCUGGACCCAGAUUAAAUGCUGUGUGACAUGUCCUGUGAACUUCUGAAGUUUCCCUCUAUGGAGCCCACUUAGGAUUCAGAAGGUUGCUAAGCAGCAGCUCCUCCUGCCGUGAGCCCCUCACAUCUCCUCAUCAGACAGAGGGAGACCAGGCUCCAUGCUCUGCGCCCAAGUAGCAAGGAGGAGAAUCCGACACGCUUGGUCCGGCAGGUUCCUACACCAAGGAAGCAACAUGAUGUUUACACAUGUGGAAACCAGUCCAUUUCUAAUGGAGCAAGACUUCCUCUGGCUCCUGAGGGGAGGCAGAAAAAGCCAGAGCUAAGAGGAAGAUUUACGAGGCAUGGAGCCUUCCAUCAGGUAUGGAAGAAACUAGAGUGAAAACAGAGAUACCAAGCUGCCACUAAGGCUGUGGACAAUCCCAGCUCACUCUUCUCUGUACAACAUUAAGAUUUAUUAGUAAUAUGCUGCUUUUGCGAAAUGAAAAGAAACUAGUGCCAAGAAGGCAUAGUCUUCAAUAUUUGUAGUAGACGUGCUCUCAAGACAAUGGCGUCAAAGGUCUCCUGCUUAUACGUGUUGACGGUCGUGUGCUGGGCCAGUGCUCUCUGGUAUCUGAGUAUAACUCGUCCCACUUCUUCCUACACUGGCUCCAAGCCAUUCAGCCACUUAACGGUUGCUAGGAAAAACUUCACCUUUGGCAACAUAAGAACUCGACCUAUAAACCCACAUUCUUUUGAGUUUCUUAUAAACGAGCCCAACAAAUGUGAGAAAAACAUUCCUUUCCUUGUUAUCCUCAUCAGCACCACCCACAAGGAAUUCGAUGCCCGCCAGGCUAUCCGGGAGACGUGGGGGGAUGAGAACAACUUUAAAGGGAUCAAGAUAGCCACCCUCUUCCUCCUGGGCAAGAACGCAGAUCCUGUUCUGAAUCAGAUGGUCGAGCAAGAGAGCCAGAUCUUCCAUGACAUCAUUGUGGAGGACUUCAUUGACUCCUACCACAACCUCACCCUCAAGACACUAAUGGGGAUGAGAUGGGUGGCCACCUUUUGUUCAAAAGCCAAGUAUGUCAUGAAAACGGACAGUGACAUUUUUGUAAACAUGGACAACCUUAUUUAUAAACUCCUGAAACCCUCCACCAAGCCAAGAAGAAGGUAUUUCACUGGCUAUGUCAUCAAUGGCGGGCCAAUCCGGGAUGUGCGUAGUAAGUGGUAUAUGCCGAGGGAUUUGUACCCUGACAGCAACUACCCGCCCUUCUGUUCAGGGACUGGUUAUAUCUUCUCGGCUGAUGUAGCUGAGCUCAUUUAUAAGACCUCACUCCACACAAGGCUGCUUCACCUUGAAGAUGUGUAUGUGGGACUGUGUCUUCGAAAGCUAGGCAUACAUCCUUUCCAGAACAGUGGUUUUAAUCACUGGAAAAUGGCCUACAGUUUGUGUAGGUAUCGCCGUGUUAUCACUGUGCACCAGAUCUCUCCAGAAGAAAUGCACAGGAUCUGGAAUGACAUGUCAAGCAAGAAGCAUCUCAGAUGUUAGAAUUUUUACCAGUGUAAAUAUGUUUCUUUCCUUUUUUUAGAAAUGGGGCCUAAGGUGUUGAUAUUUUACAGGUGUCACCAGGGGAAAUGAACUGAUGAAGGGGUUUUGUAAAGUUUUUGCUUUCUUCUCCUAGUUCCUUUCUUGGAUUACCAAUUCACAAAAGCCAGGCUGUGGUCAUAGAAACAGCAGUGAGUUAGAAGAGCCAGAUUUCACUCUCAGCUCCUAAAACAUUGCCAUUUAUCUCAAACAACUCCUAAGACUUAUGCACUGUGCAUCUGAGAUAAAAAUCUGGUUCUGGGAAAAUGAAACUCACAGUAAUGUCUUCAUAUCAUCUCUGUAAAAAUAAAUAAGUAAACAACUUUUUCAAAAACAAUUCAGAAAUGAUACACAGUCAGAAAGACACACUGGAUGUGAUUAUUAAUAGUGUAUGUGUUAUUGCUACACUGAAUUUUUACAUAUAUUGCCAUGUAAUGUGUACAGUAUUUAUAUUUCCAAUGAGAAUUGAACUUAGUAUUGGCAGGGAAGCUACAGAGAAAUAGAUGGGAAUUUAAACUUGAGAAUCAAAUAUUCUGUGUGUUUGAAAGACAGCUCUGCUUGCUCAUCCAAGGAUUAAACCUGGUCAGUAGGUGAAAUGUAUAUAAAAUGCUACUUAAAGUAAACAAAGUAAUUUUUUUUUGGUCUUUCAAAACAAACAUUACAUUACAUGGUGCCUCCAAGGAGAUUUUGCCAAAUGUAAUAAUCUUACCUGCUUCCCUCCAUACACUGCUAAGUGCAUUUCACAGUUUCUGGAUCAGGCAGGCACACGUCUCUAUAAAUAAAAAAGUUGGCAGAAGGCCAGAAAACAAUAAAUCACAUUAAGAGAAUAUAAAGUUAUAUAUACAGCUUAGCAAUAGUAUUAUGUGCCCCUCCCACAUAUGUGCAAAGCAUGUGACAAAAUCAUUAAUGGGUAUCAGUAUUUUCUGAAAGAUUUGGUCCUCCUGUUGAUAGUGGAAUAUUGUUUAACUUCUGAAACAGCCAAGCACCUUAGAAGCACAGCUGUCAGAGGGGUUCUGGGAAGGGUGCGGAAGCUUGGAUUCAGAUCCUACUGAGGCCGCCAAACUCAUUGGGCCGUGUGAGCAAGCCACUUGAACCUAAUGUAUUCCAAUAUGCUCAUUUGUAAAAUGGCUGUAAAAAUACCUACCUCACAGGUGCAGUGAGAGCAAAUCACAUUUGCUAAGUAUUUUGAGAUCCUUAGUAUAUAAGGUGCUACAUAAUGCAAUGCAUCGUGUAUUAUGCUAAAUGCUAAAAUGAUUAUGAUAAUUAUAAUGAUGGUCAUGAGUAGUAAUAAAAUCAUCUUCACAUAAAAUAUACCAAAAUAAGGAUCAACUAUGAACUAUCAGUAUACUUAAUUCUGCCAAGAUAUUGAUUUUUUCCUUGGGUGUAAGUUAGUUGUUUGGGGAACUUCCAUUUUCUGCCAUUUUGUUCUGUGUUCAAUGAGGAGGUUAUUACUUCUGUGUGUUGCCUUGAUAUCCCAAGGUGCUGAAAGAAAGCCAGCUGCCUUUCUUUGGGAAAGAACUUUGUAAAAUGCAUGAAGACAAUAUCUCAGGAAAUAUUUGACCUGACUCUUCUUUAAGAACUUUGAGAACAGGUAAAGUGAGUCCACAUCUAUCAGAAGAAGUCUAGGACCUCGGCAAAUCCACACUUUGCACAUCCACCAUACUUUAGAAAACUCCUUGUUCCCAUUUAAUGAAAACCCCACAGCUGAAAAAGUUGUUUAUUAUUUUUUAACCUAACCUUUGGAAGCCCCCAUAGAAGCGGAUAUCAAACGGUAGACAAAUGGAUGUUGUGGCCUAUAUCUUGAAAAUACUGGAUGUCUCAUUCCUAGUCCAAAGUACCCAGUAUGAGACAGGACUUCCUGUCCCUUAACACAUCUUUAUCUUAUAGUCAGCAGGACUGAGGAGUUUGAGGACAGAACACUGUCAGGUAGCCUGGGGAGAGGUGGCCCAGCACAAGGUGAGCCACACCCCAACCCCCACCCUGUAACCUCAACUGCUGUGAAUCCCAAUUGCUGGGAAAGUCUCACAACUUCAUAUUUGGUUUGCCUCCCCGCUGCGCAGCUCAAUCAAGUCUCUGUCCCAUCCUACUGCCUUGCAUCUACUCUGCGCUCAGUGAAGCUGCCUUUAGUGUCAAGUAAUUGCACACUGUAAACAGCCUGUAUGUAUAUCUAUGAAUUAUUUUAUAUGUGUCAAUAUAAAGUCCGAAUAGACCCCUGAUAUUGAAAAGGAACAAAAAUCAGAAAAUCAUGUCUUAAAGAACUCUUUCCUAACUUUUUUAUGCUAGGUAGUGCCCAUGUGACAAAUGUGUAAAUAUUCAUCAAAGACCACAUGUAUAUAUUUUAAAGUUUUUUUCUUCUCCCCAGUUGUAUGUACAGCUAGAAUUUGCUUGCUCUCUAACAUUUUCUUCUGCAUGGAACUUGGUAAGGCAAGGCCAUUCGUCCAAUAUUUCAAUAGCCUUAAGCAUGUUUACCUGUUAUUUUAUGAAUGUUCAAAAAAUUGUUUAAGUGACCAAGUAAAAGUUUCACCUUUCCAAUUUGUUAAUUUUAUAACAUGAAGCUGACCAAAUUAUUGCUGCAAUUAUUUGUUAAGCCAUUUUUAUCAUCUUUGACAUAAAAUAAUGUUUCAUUAUAAAUGGCAGUAUUCUGGGGCUGGGAAUGUAGCUCAGUGGUAGAGUGCUUGUCUAGCAUGUGCAAGGCUCUGGGAUCCAUCCCAGGCACUGCAAAAAUAAUAAUAAUAAUAAAAAUUUGAACAGCAGUGUUCUACCAGGGGUCAUUCAGAUGAUUUUUACAGAAACUCUCUGACUUCUCCCCCAACAUAUUCAUUAUGCGCUGGAUAACAAUGCCUUUCAAUAAACAGUGUUUAUAUUCUUAAUAUUUCUUUUUAAAUUUAUUUUUGGUAAAAAAAAAAUGUUUUAUCUUUGGCGGCUAAUUUGUGUGGCUUUGUGUCUUUUUACAUUGGAACAGUCUCAAUAUACCAUAAGGUACUUUUAAAUAACAAGAAUCAAAAUGAAGAUGAUUUUCAAUUUGGACUAAAUUCAGAAGAACAAACCCCUUAGGUGAUGUGGGGGAAACAAACUCUUUACAGAGAAAUCAAGGAAGGAAUUUUUCAGUUGAACUUCUUCUACCAAAAGACAAUGGAUAUUUAUGUACAGUGUCUGGGAUUCAUUUUCUACCUUUCCUAAUACGUGGUUUCACGGGGGGAAUUGAUUAUGUCAUUUCUUCUGUAAAGUUGAAGAUAGUUUUUAUAAGCAACCGAGUGACUUGUGAAUGGAAGAUGUAAUUUACUAGAAGCGCUUGUUGAUCAUUGACAUUUAGGUAUAUCAUUAUAUAUGAAUGAUUGUAUUUAUGUAUUUAUUUGUUCAAAAUUGUACAUACUGUUUCGCCAAAAGUAAUUGUCUGUAAAAGUGCACUCUCUCUCCGGGUUUGUAGUACUACUUAAGGUUACUUGGGUUGCCAAUCAAGCUGCUAAUCAGAAUACUAUUUUUUGUAUCAAUGUUUAAAACUAAAAAUGACAAAUAGAUGCUGAAGAUGUCUUUACAUUCAGUUUCUUCACUUUCCUCUUGAAAUGUUAAACCGUUGAUUGAAAGCACGAUAAAAAUGUACAGGUCCAUCUGUCAUGACGAAGAUUAUGGUUCCAUAAAGCUGAUUUUUUAAUACCAUCGGGACAAAUAAACAGAAGAACAU